AUGACUCAACCAUCCAUCUUCCGUUGGCAAGGCCAGCAUAACGACAAGCGAUCCGCGCGGACCUUUAAGUAUACAGAUUGGACAGCUUUACUCAAAGAAGCGCAGGUUCUUAAUGGUGGACGAUUGUGCGUUUUUGAUGGGCCUUAUCAUGCUGGAGGACGCCAUAUUGUUCGUCGCCUCGAAUUUAUCGAUACAGGCCAAUUGUGGCUUGUACGCAUUCCUAUUCUUCCAGCCUCUUCCACUUCUGAUCAGAACGAAAUACUAAAAUGGUGGACGGCCGAACGACGAUUUACCAUGGAGAGCGAGAUUGCAACAAUGAAAUUCAUCGCGAAGUCCACCGACAUACCAGUCCCAACGAUCUUUGGGCACAGGACAUCUAUUGAUGGAAACCCUAUUAAGCUGCCAUAUAUGCUAAUGCAAUGCAUAAGAGGCAAUAUGUUGUUCGACCUUGGGGGUCCCGGUAUACUUACUGGCGAGCAAAAGAGUAGGAUCCGGAAGUCGAUAGCUUCAAUACAGUAUCAAAUGGCAACCGCCUCGAUUAACAAACUUGGAUCCCUUGUUUUGGGGCCAAACGGGACGAUUGAUAUUGGCCCACUCCCAGCGUCGUUUGGCUUUGAAGGACCGUUUACGUCAGCAGCGGACUAUUUUCUCUCAUGGGCUGCUCAUGCAAAAUUCGGGAAUUUGGAUUUUCUACACGGUCGGGUUGAAGACGACGACGAUAGAGUUCGAAGCCUAAAACGAGCAGUGAUUUCAUUCCCUCCACGCCUCAGGUCGGCAGUGGAGAAGAGAUUAUCAAGAAAUCCAACCGCUUACGAAAAUCGCUAUCCGAUCGUCCAUCGGGAUUUCCUGCUACACAAUAUACUUUUCGAUGAUACAUACAAUAUUGUUGGCGUAAUCGACUGGGAGUUUGCACAUUCCGCUCCACUCGAAGUGUUUACUGCUUUGACAAAUAUCUAUUCCUGUUUUGAUCCAAAGACGCUCCAUGCUAUUACCGAUAGAGAUGAUGAAGGGAGGCAGUAUAUCAAAGACGUUAUGCAUGAGGAGGAGGACAUUCGACAGGGAUGCAAGCUGUCCAAGACCUUUGGGAGUAUCUUGGGAGAUAUCGGUCUGUGCAUGACGUAUUUUGAGGAGGGGAGAGCAGUUUUAUUUGGGAAAUUGCUGGACCGGUACGAAUCGGAGACUAUUGAGAUUGAUCCUAAUUCUGUGGAGCCGCAAACAAAAUAA